AUUCACAUCUCAACAGUCAAGUGAGCAAAGAACAAGUCCGCCAGACAGAUUCUUCUUCAAGUCUCUCUUGAUCACAUUUUGAAUUUUUUUUACAACUUUGAGAAUUUUGUUGCUGAGGCCAGAAGACAAACAAACAAAUCUUCAAAAAUGAAUUUUAUGAUUGUAUUCUUUCUGCUCAUUGGAGCUGCUAACUUAAGCAUCCAGAGCCCAAUUGUUGACAACAAUGCCGAAGAAAUUGCCUUGAUCUAUCCGGAUUCUGAUAUAAAUGCUGAUGAUGAUCUCCAGCCAGCUGAAAAUCACAUCUUCCGCCCUUUCUUCCGUUACAAAGAACGUUCAGCUUUCAGAAGACGAACCCGAGAAGCCACUCCUGAAGAUUAUGUUGAAGUCAUCCCAGAAAUUGAAGAAACUGAUGAUCUACAACCAGCUGAGAAUCACAUCUUCCGUCCAUUCUUCCGUUACAAGGAGCGUGCAGCAUUCAGAAGGCGAACCCGUGAAGCUUCUCCUGAAGAAUUCUCUAAAGAUCUUCCUGAGCUUCCAAAUGAAGAUUCUGAUGAUCUUCAAACUGCUGAAAACCACAUCUUCAUUCCGUACUUCCGUUACAAGGAACGUCGACUUGUAAGACACCGUGGUCGUCGUUCUAUUGUCCCAGAAAAUGUACCGGCUGACUUGCCUCAAAUCCCAAGUGAAGACUCUGAUGAUCUUCAAGCAGCAGAGAAUCACAUCUUUGUGCCCUACUUCCGCUACAAGGAGCGUCAGGCUUUCAGACAUCGUGGUCGUCGUGAAGCUAUACCAGAAGACUUGGCUGAGGAUGUCCCACAAAUUCCAAAUGAAAAUAAUCUUGGUGUUGCUGAAAAUCGUUAUUUUAAACCUAUAUUCCGCUACCAGAAAGUUUCCUGGAAACGUGCUGCUCGUGAUCUUCAGAACCAAGAAAUCCUAUCUGAUGAUGAUGCAGAAAUCAACCCAGAAGAUAUGAAGAGCAGGGUCGUUCGGUCUGCUGACAGUGAACUCUCCAAUGAUGGAGAUGAUCUUGAAGUGGCUGAGAAUCACAUCUUCCAGCCAGUCUUCCGUUACAAACAACGGGCAGCAUACAGACGCCGCGUCAAGAGGCCCGUGAAGACCAACCGAGGCUAAAGGGGAACCCCAAUUUAGGAUUUUGAAAUUAGCCCAUGAACAUUGUUGUUGUUAAAUAAGCUUAACUGUGAUGAUUAGCUAGGAAUUAUUGAAAUUGGAAAACUGUGUCAAGAUUAUAUAGGAUUUAUCUUUCGAAUUUUUAUUACACAAAAUUAUUUUUUUAAUAUUUAUGAAGAAAACAACUUAUUUAUUUUUUAAAAACAUUUUUAAUAAAAUAUUUAAAAAUUAA